AGCAGAAAAUUCAGCAUGACGGAAGCAUUCCCAGAAGUGACAACUGAAUUCCUUUAUGAUGAAUAUGCUUUUAUCUGUGAUAAAAUUGACAUCCAGGAAUUUGGGAAAGUAUUUCUGCCAAUAUUUUACAUUGUAGUGUUUGCCCUUGGCCUCAUAGGGAAUCUACUGGUGGUUUUUGCCAUUGUGAAAGAAGGCAGUAAAAGGAGCAUCACUGACAUUUAUCUCUUGAACUUGGCAAUCUCAGACCUGCUCUUUGUGAUCUCCCUUCCCUUCUGGGCUUCCAGUGUGGUCAAUGGAUGGUCUCUUGGGACUAUUUCAUGCAAAGCUGUUUCUUCACUGUAUUACAUAGGUUUCUUUGGGGGCAUGUUUUUUAUCACUGUUAUCAGUAUUGACAGAUACUUGGCUAUUGUCCGGGCAACGUAUUCUCUGAAAUCUCGAACAAUGAGCCAUGGAUUUCUUAUAGUUUGUGGAGUAUGGGCAAUGGCAAUUUUAGUUUCAGUACCACAUUUUGUGUUCACUCAAAAGCUAGAAACUGACUGCAUUUCUGUGUACCCUGAUGAGCUUAAGAAUAUCUGGAGGGUGUUCUGCAAUGUGGAAUUGAACACCAUUGGGUUUUUUAUCCCAGUCUGUAUCAUGUGCUAUUGCUACUUUGGAAUCAUCAAAACCCUGCUGUCCUGCAAAAAUCAGAAAAAAACACGAGCCAUAAGGCUGAUCUUAGUUGUGGUGGUUGUAUUUUUUCUGUUUUGGUCCCCCUACAAUGUGCUGAUUUUUCUAGAAACUUUAAAGCACUAUGAGCUAUUUGUAAGUUGCAACCAAAUUAAAUCAUUGGACUUUGCAAUGCAUCUGACUGAAACUGUUGCAUUCAGUCACUGUUGUCUCAAUCCUGUUAUCUAUGCUUUUGCUGGGGAAAAAUUCAGGAAAUAUCUUUAUCGUAUCUGCUCACAAUACUGUCCAUGCAUGUGUUUCUGUGGGCCCUGCAGUCGCUACCAGGUCAGUUCUUCAACUAGUUAUGCAGAAAGUAUUGUGAGCAGCAACAUAACCAUAAAUACAAAUGACCAGGAUGGUUCUGUCUUUCUCUGA